CCAGUGCAGAAGGAGUGCGACGUGCGGCUGAGCAGCAGCUAUCUCCUGGUCUUGCACCUGGUGCUGACCCUGGCAUACGGACUGCUCAACCUGUUCAACAUCUACCUGAUCCAGUGCCUGCUAAGCCCCGUCCUGCUGCUGAGGCUGGGGGGGAUCUGUCGGCACAAGCUCGUGCUCCUGCGCUACAUCCUGCGCGACCUCCUCAACAGCAACCUCCACAAGGGCCGGUGCCAGUACCGGGACGCGGUCAGACUCCUGCGGCAGUCGGCCUCAGCCCAGAUGGAUGAGGAUCUGCAGGGCGACGUCGCCGAGGGCGC